AUGGGGCCUCCUCUGGAGGUCCAUGAGGCUGGAACCGGAACCCUUUCCGUCGUCUCAGUCUCUGCCUUUGUGGAUCCCACCUUGCCCCUGGCGCAGAUGGGCCGGCUCUUGGCUCCUGCACGCUCAUUAACCAGUUUCUCCCUCUCCCAGGGCAAGUACAGCAAGCGGAAGAGCAGGUUCAAACGCUCCGAUGGCAGCACUUCUUCGGACACAACGUCCAACAGCUUCGUCAGACAGGGCUCUGCGGACUCCUACACCAGCCGCCCCUCAGACUCCGACGUGUCUCUGGAGGAGGAUCGCGAGGCGCUGCAGAAGGAGGCCGAGCGGCAGGCCUUGGCGCAGCUGGAGAAGGCCAAGACCAAGCCAGUGGCCUUCGCCGUGAGGACGAACGUGGGCUACAACCCCUCCCCCAAUGAUGACAUGCCGGUCCAGGGCAUGGCCAUCUCCUUCGAACCCAAGGACUUCCUGCAUAUCAAAGAGAAAUACAGCAACGACUGGUGGAUCGGGCGCCUGGUGAAGGAGGGCUGCGAGGUGGGGUUCAUCCCCAGCCCUGUCAAGCUGGAGAACAUGAGGAUGCUGCAGGAGCAGAAGAUGAGGCAAAACCGCCUAAGCUCCAGCAAAUCGGGGGACAACUCCAGCUCCAGCCUGGGCGAUGUGGUGACGGGGACCCGCAGGCCUACCCCGCCUGCUAGCGGUACUCUGGACAUGACUAAUUUAGCUUAUGACCUAGACGCCCUUGACUUAGAGGCAGAGGAGACUGAGGGUCUGGAGCAUUCCCGAUCCCCUAAGCCUAGCGUCAGCAGUGUUACCACGUCCCCCUCCAACGUCAAGCGCAUCCCCUUCUUUAAGAAGGCGGAGCACGUGCCGCCCUACGACGUGGUGCCCUCCAUGCGGCCGAUCAUCCUCGUGGGACCCUCCUUGAAGGGGUACGAGGUGACGGACAUGAUGCAGAAAGCCCUCUUCGAUUUCCUGAAGCAUCACUUCGACGGCAGAAUCUCCAUCACGCGGGUGACGGCCGACAUCUCCCUGGCCAAGCGCUCCGUGCUGAACAACCCCAGCAAGCACACCAUCAUCGAGCGCUCCAGCACCCGCUCCAGCCUGGCUGAGGUGCAGAGUGAGAUCGAGCGGAUUUUCGAGCUGGCCCGGACACUGCAGCUCGUUGCUCUGGACGCCGACACCAUCAACCACCCGGCCCAGCUGGCCAAGACCUCGCUGGCCCCCAUCAUCGUCUACAUCAAGAUCACCUCCCCCAAGGUGCUUCAAAGGCUGGUCAAGUCCCGGGGCAAGUCCCAGGCCAAGCACCUGAAUGUGCAGAUGGUGUACCUGCAAGCGUAUUGGAAGGCCACGCACCCGCCCAGCAGCAACCCGCCCAAUCCCCUUCUGAACCGCACCAUGGCGACCGCCGCCCUGGCCUCCAGCCCCGCCCCCGUCUCCAACCUCCAGGUACAGGUGCUCACCUCCCUCCAGCGCAACCUGGGCUUCUGGGGCGGGAAGGGCAGCCCGGAGCAGGGGCAGAGCCCCCGGCCCCGGGUGGAGGAGCACGCGCUGUAGCUGUAAGAGGAGGAAGGCGGCGCCUUCUCUGAA